UCUCAGCUCAGCUUCAGUUUAAAUAAUCUUGCUAAAGAUCCCAUGAACUAUGUUUCCAUUGAUCAAACACCAAAUAUGAAAUAUUACAAGUGGUGCACAACAACCACAUUUAUCUUACAUCUCAAUAUCCAUCAGCAAUCUUCUGUAAGUGUUGGAAAAGUAAUUAGAAUAUACUCAAGACAUGACAAGUA